UUUUUCUGUUAUAUCACAAGGCGUGAAAUAUAUGGAAGGCGUAUAAUCUUUCGACGGAAUACAUCACCGUUCUAACAUAAUUGGACGUAGGUUUGGACAAAGUCUCUAUUGAUUAAUGUAGGAGAUCGGAUUUGAACGCGAGGAAAAUUGAAAUCAUCUAAACGGGGUCAUCUUCUUGCUAAAAAACACUCGCUGCUAUGCAUUCAACUAAUUCGCGCGGUGGAGGAAUGGGAGCAACAAAAAUAGAAGGGCUUGGUGUUGGAUUUAUUGUGCUCACAUAUAGAGAUUGGAUUCCAAAUGUGAUUGUAUAGGAGCCAGUCGCCAGGGAUGUAUGGGAGACGGUACACAACAUCGAUAAACUUCUUGGUGAAUUAGGAGAUGUCAUCAAAUCUGGUAAUGAAGUAAAAGAAAAUGGUUUCAAUGACCUGAUGAAGAUAUUAGAUUCUUUAAUCAAUGUCAGUAAAACAUCUAUGGAAGAGACAUCAGAACUUGCGAUCAAUGAAGUUUUUCUAACGCUGUUAAAACAUGAGUCACAAUUGGUUGUGACACAAAGUACAAGAGCUAUAGCAGAAAUUGCAAAAUCUGACAGAGGACGGAAAAAAUGUACAAAUCCUGACCUGGUCAAAGUUCUAGUCGAACUAUUAAAAGGAGAAUACGACAUUCAUACUUUAACUCAAGUGUCUCGAGCCCUGGGAAAUAUUUGUUACGAAAAUGACUUGGGACAGACUUUAGUAGCAGAACAGGAUGGAUUAUCCCACAUAUUAACAGUACUGAGAAUGGGCAUAAGUUUAGGAGACAGUGAUGGAGCUGCAGGAUUGAGGAAUGUCGCUGCUGGUUUCUUGUUGAAUUUUCUCAAUAAUCAGACUGCCUUACAAAAAAAGGCCUUGGAUGAAAAUGUCUUGCCUGUGGUAUGCAGUAUUUUAGAAAUCGAUGGGAUCACAUGUGGUGAGGCUGCAACACAUGCCAUGUUGAUAUUAGGAGUAUUGGCUGAUUUAGGACAAGAAGUUUUAGAUGAAAGAUUAACAGAAAUACUUGUAACUAUUCUGGAUAGGGAUGCUUCACCGGAAUUAUCUGAAAUGUGCUUAGAGCUGUUUCAUGGACAAGCAGAAAAUGGAAGUACGAAAUUACUGUUAGCUAAGGCUGGAGUGUGCGAGUUACUUAUCAGAUUAUUGGAAAAACAUGGACCAUGUUGCACAGAUGAGGAGGCAAGAUCUGUGCUCAAAGUUGCCUGCGAUUUGAUUGUGUUGAUUCUCACUGGAGAUGAAAGCAUGGACUUGCUCUAUGCUGGUAGCACUGGUGAGGUAUACAAGACAUUGGUUAGCUGGCUGGGAAUUGAUGACGAGGACCUGCAGGUGGCAGCCGUCUUGGCUAUGGGGAACUUCGCUCGGAGUGAUACGCAUUGUGAAUUGAUGGUUGCUCAGGGAGUUCACAGAGAAUUAUUACGGCUUUUGAGCGAAAACGAUAAUCAAAAUUGCCCCAUAAGAUUGCAACACGCCCUGCUCAGUGCUCUUCGCAACUUGGUCAUCCCUAUAAGUAACAAAGCGCUUGUAUUAGCGGAUGGUCUUGUUGACGUGGUGUACCCAAUGCUGGAUAUUCCCACGUUCCCUGUAGUAUUUAAACUUUUGGGAACAUUAAGAAUGGUUAUCGAUGGACAACAAGAGGCAGCAAUUUCUUUGGGGAAAAGGGAGGAUCUUUUAAAAAGAACUGUUGAGUGGUGUGCAAUAGAGGAUCACCCAGGGGUACAGGGAGAAGCUAACCGAUUGGUAGCGUGGCUUAUCAAGAACAGCAGAGACAAAGAAGUGGGGUCGAUAAUUAUAAAUCAUGGGGCUGUUGAACAUUUAGUCAAAAUGUUAACAGCGCAACAUGCUUUGAUGCAAAAUGAGGCAUUGCUAAGUCUUACCAUACUUACAACAAUAAAUUUAUCAGAAUCCCAAACACCUGUGAUUCAGGCUGAAAUUGGGCCAACAAUAUGUCGUUUUUUGGAACAACAUGGCCCCCAAGUCGAAGCUCCUAUGAUUCACAAUGCUGUAGCAUUGACCGACAGUUUAAUUAAAUCAGAUGCAAUAAAGGAACAUUUAGAAAAAUCUGGGGUACCAGGGGCAUGGCAAAAGUUACUGAGAAUCCGUGAAGCUGAUAUUCCGAACUUGAUGGAAAAGGUAAUGCCACUAUGCCUUUUAAUGGGCGCGGAAAUGAAUUAAAUGAAAGCAAAGAAUAUUUUCAAAGGGAUAUAGGAAUAUUUGACUGUAAUAUGUUAAUAUUACUUAGCAGAUGUCACGGAAGCUUUAUUCCCAGAAUACAAGAGGAGUUUCUUCUGAACUUUUCUCUAUGUAUAUCUCUCUCUCUCUCUAUUUCUCAUUCUCUUUAUGAAUUAAACUUAUGUCUAACUUUAUUAUUAUCUGAAGCUCUAUGCGGGGACCAAGUUAGAACAGGUUUAUGUCUGCCUUUAUGAUAAAAUGAGGUGUUGUAGGACGGCGUCUGCAUCCCUCUUGGAGUCGGAAAAUUAGAGAACCUUAAGAAUUGGGGGGAGGGUCACAUCUAAAGAGUUAUCUUUGCUGCCAUAAUACAUGUUAAUAUUUUAUGCGUGUUUGAAGGUAAAUAAUUACCACUUAACUAUAACCAGUCACAUUUUGAACAUUUUUAAACUUAAUCACAAUGAAUUUAUCGCACAAUUAGCAAGUUGACGUUUUUCGAGCACCUAGACCAAUCAUGAGACUUGGAACGAAUGUCUUUAUUUUAUUAUACUAAAAAAAAGUAAUCGUUGACCAAAAUUCAACUUAUUCUAGUUAAAAAGACUUUAAUACGCAAUGCACACUACAUUUUACCUUAUUAUUGUAAUGUUAAAUGUUAUAUUGCCAAAUAUAUUUAUAAUAAAUAA